UUGCACCGUGGUUAGACGCCUUGAAGUCGCGUUCGCGUUUCGGGUAUUGCUGCGAUUGCGUUUUUGAAGUGCAGUGGCGAGGAAGUGAGAAGGUGACGAAGAAGAAGAAAAAAAAACGGAGCGGAGUGGAGUCCAUUGAAAUGGUGAUAGAUUUCGAGGUUAGAACCGGAUCUUAGGGGUUAACUGGAGCCAAGACGGAAGACGAUUGGGUGCGUGAGAGGAAACUGUCGACGUGUCGCGCAGGCCUUCGGUACGAGUAGGUCCAGCUCGAGAAUAUUCCCGGGUGACAUCGAUCGGUCGAUCGGUUGGUGUGGUCGGUUGGUGGUGUGAGGAAGAAAGAAAUCCGAGUGUCGAAUCUGACCCGUUCCGAUUUUGUUGGCUGAAGUGAAAGGGAAGCAUUCAAGUGCAAUUAUUGUGUGAUCGUGCACCGUGAAAAAAAAAAGAUAACAGAGAUAACCGUGAGAAGCGUGUGAAUGUGAAUGUAGCAUCUGAAUCGAUCAGUCGUGGAUCAAAAGGGCGAAAAAGUCAUAAAAGUGUGAGAAAAGAGAUUCCGAGACCGAGGGAAAAAGUCGUUCAGCCAUAUUUAAGUUGCUUAACUUUUUGCCUGGAUAAAGUGUCUUGCUCUCGCUCGAGCUUGGGUCUGUUUGCAAGUUUCUCGGUGGAUCAACCGGAGGCGAGAAAGAGCGCGAAAGAUACCGUGAUCGGAAUGUGGUGCCUCUGAGGCUUGCCUCGGCCAAGAGUGAGUGUGUUUAAAUCCACGACAGGGGUUAUGUGAGCCAGUGUUGGUGUCGUUCAAAGUGCAUGGAUUGCCAGUGUGCGACCUGAACCCUACAAGCCGGACGGAUUCGUGAUGAUGUGAUUUCUUUCUCUUCGUUUUCCUGAACGUUCCUGAGACGAGAGUGUUCUGUUUUCGGAUAUUAUCUUCCCCCUUCGCUGUAGCCCCGGACAAAUACGCACUGUCCCAUAAAAAGAAACGAGUUUUUGUUGUGCUGCCCCGUAGAAGAAGAGCGUAGUGCCUCCGCCACGAAGAAGAACCCUGACCGCUCAUAUGAAAGAACGAAAAAUGGGCGAUUCGACGCCAAUCUGUCGCUGUCGUGUACUGUAUCUCGGAAGUGCCGUACCCCGGCAGAGUAAGGAUGGGCUUCAGGGUAUUCAGGAACCCCUCCGAAGUCUGUACCCCUCGGAGGGUGCAAUCGGUGCCAAAGGAAUCGACUCUUGGCUCAGUGUGUGGUCAAACGGAAUUCUGCUGGAGAAUGUUGACGAAAAUCGAAAGCAGGUCACCCGGUUCUUCCCGAUUGAUUCCCUGCACUACUGCGCCGCUGUGCGGCAGGUUUUGAUUCCGGAACGGGGUAACAACAAUCCGGAACCGAAAUUUCUCCCACUCGAUUCACCAUUUGCGCGAACUCCACGUGCCCAGCAUCCGCCGAUCUUUGCGGCGAUUCUUCGACGGACGACGGGCAUCAAAGUGCUCGAAUGUCACACAUUCAUCUGCAAGCGGGAAGCGGCGGCCAAUGCGUUGGUUCGCUGCUGUUUCCACGCCUACGCGGACAAUUCCUACGCCCGGCAGCUGGAAGGAUCCGGUAGCGGUAGCUCCAACAGCGUCUACGGAACGAUCGGAGGCAAAUCCAACGGCACGGCCGAAGGUGCAUGGCGAUCACGUGCCGGCAGUACGACCACGUUGAACAGCGUUGGCGUCAGCAGUCGACAGGCAAUGAACGGCGUCGCUGAAGCGUACACAGUUAAAAAUCUCUAUGCAAGCAGCGCCGACCUCGACGUCGUGGACGAUGGCGAUGGGAGCUCGCUGUACAACGGCGACGAGAAUCACAAAGUGUGGAGCGGUUCGACGGAUCAGCUCGACGGCAUCGGUGUGGGCGACAGUGGCCAUUACGACAUUUACUCCGGCGGCACCGGAUCGACCCUAGGGCGGCCGGCUCGAGCACGACAGAUUAGCGCUCCGGUGCCGGUGCCACCACCACCGAAGGAAGAGCUGAAAAAGUUGAAGAAAGAAGCGAAGAAGCAAUCCAAACAUCAGCUACAGGUAGGAAGUCAAAGUCUUUCCGGUACGCUUAUAAGACCCCGUCCAAUGCACAUGAAUCCACUAGGUCGACCCGGGCCACCACCAGCUGGCGGCCACGGAGGUCAUCCUGGCAUGAUGAUGUACACGAUGGGACCACCACCCCCUCCCCCUCUAGGUGGCCGUCAGUUCCACACCAUAGGUCAUCGAAGCCACAACGGAACAGGCAUGCCACCGAUGAUGCAUCACCCUCAUCAGAUCCAGCUUCACCCGGGAAUGCAUCCAAUGCCAAUGAUGGUACCCCCGCAGUACGCUACACUGCAGCACCCGCGAAGCAGCAAGAAAAAGAAAGACAAGAGCAAAAUGAACGGUGGAAUCCCGAUUGGCGUUCCGGUGGUUCCUCCGAUGUUCGCCUACCCACCGCCACCGGGUCCCGGCUCGGUCAUGGAACCCCGGCCGCUCUCGAUGAGUAACCGAAAGCUGGCCCAGUCAGCUGCCGCCGGACUGGACGAAUCCGGCAACUCCGGUGCGGAGUCCCCCGGUGGCACCGGGAUCUACCGCCGCAAAGGACACCUCAACGAACGUGCUUUCAGCUACUCGAUCCGGCAGGAGCACCGCAGCCGAAGUCACGGCUCGCUAGCUAGUCUACAGUUCAACCCGCCCGACAUGAAGAAGGAGCGGGAGAUCGCCCAGAUGGUGGCCGGAUUGGAGCUAACCGAUGAAUCUACGCUGCAGCGAAGGCGAUCCGAAGUGAUGGCCGGAUCGUCCGGGACGUUCGGAAAGCCGAGGAGAUGAAGAGGUGCUACCGGCUGGCUUGAGUGGUGUACAGUUUUAAAUCGAUGUUUGUGUGUGUGUGAGCGUAGCGUAUUGCGAGAUUUCGACCUUCGCGGGUAAGUGUUAGGAACGGGAAUAGAGGUCGAGGGAUGAUUAUGAGGUGAUGCGUGAAUCAGGAGGGGUGUUAGGUCGAUUGGGAGGGAGGGUUUGGACGAGUGGUUAACGGGAGGGUUUCGGGUGAUUUGGCGCUGUGAAAGUGAUGUCCAAGCUUUGCGCUGUCUCAGUUCCGGUUGAGAGUGAAACUUAAUCUACCUGCAUUGUUUUGGAAGGUUUUCCUCAUUGUCGCAUAAACAUAAAGUCAUAGGUUUGCUAAGUAUGGCUUCGA